AUGUCUACGACUGCAAGCUCUCCUUAUAAAUCUGCCAUCAAUUUUAUCAACCAAUUCCAAACAUUGACCAACUCUGGUCUUGGUAGAGACAAGGCAACAAAAAUUAUUCAAUAUGGAUGUAAAAUUAUUGAGGAAAUUUUAGAAAAAUCAGCUUCUCCAGCCAAUGAUUAUAAAGAUUUGAUUGUCCGUGUUCAAAGAACAAGUGCCGGAUUAGCAACUGCUCGUAGAGUGAUGCGUUUCUGGAAACCAUUCCAAGGAUAUGUUGCACUCCUUCAAUUUAUUGAAAGUUUGAUCAAUGGAAAGAAACAAACAGUGAUUGGUAUUUUCGAACUUGUAUCUAAAUUAUGUAUGGCACACUACUUUUUGAUGGAUCACUUGACAUGGUUAUCUAAAGAAAAGAUUUUAUCGGAAUUGCCUUUAGAAUUAGCAGAAAAGAGUCAAUCAUUUAUUGCAACUACUUUCAACAACAAUAAGAAUGCUGAUUACUCUCGUAGCAGUUCUAAUUUCUGGUUUUAUGGAGUAGUCUUUGCUUUGGUUGCUCACGUUUUGAAAUAUUCCGAAUAUUUGACAAAGGAAAAGAAAGAAUUUGAUAUUACUAGAGACGUCAAUCAACAAAAGAUGUUUAGAACAUUUAUUGCUCUCGUUUGUGAUUUGGGAACAGCAGCCAUUCUUGCCAAGAAGAUUAGCUACCAAAAUAAGGCUGCACUUGGUGUUUUCGGUGUUGCUUCUUCAUUAAUCUCAAUUUAUGACAAUUGGCCAUCUCAAUAA